AUGGAGUUUGAAGACGAUGUCUCCGAAUACGGGGAUACAUCACAAAGAGCUUCACAGAUUGAUUUACAGCUUCAUAGUGAGAUAACAUCGUCGGGGGGGACACGCCCCGAAGCCCUUCGUCAACUUUCUGAGCUUUCUGGACCGGCGUCGAUAAGAGCUCCUUCCGAAGUUGUCAGCAGUACAGAUUAUGCUAGUGGCAGCGGCGGGAGGUAUUCUGGGGAGUCAUCAUUACAAAAUCUACUAGCACCGGUCGACUCUACCGAUCCCAGCAAAACCAGAGCUCUCCGACAUCCUGGGUGGCAUUUCACCAAAGAGACACGAUUCAAAAACCCGAUACCCUCGUUAUUGGAAUUGGCGUCCAUAGUCAGAAAUUCAUUGGAUUUUGCCAGGGUGGAAACCGACUUUUCAGCGGAGUUGUCGACCGGCGUGUCCGGGCAGGUGAGGUUUUAUCAUCAAUGGACUCAUUCACACAUGAUGGAGAAGGCAAAGGCGGUAAUCGCGUUAUAUUACGGCCUAGCCGGCAUGACCGGUGAGCAAGCAAAAGCCCGUGUCGAUUACUUCCUGACAGAUGACCGUUUCAAUUGUGAUCUCACUCAUUACGAGCCCGUACAAUGGCACUUUGCCGCACCUCAAAUACCACGUUUUAUCGUCUACGCCUACUAUAAGACCAAUCGUAGGAUUGCCGUCAACGAUCCGGAAUUUGAAAGUUGUAUCAACCCGUCUUUUAUCUGCCUGGUUUCUACUGUACUUUACCAUGCACUGAGAGUCCACGUAAUUGGAGGCAGCAACUGGAAGAAUGGUGUCUUCAAUAAGAACUAUUGUGGCGUAAUUUUCAAGAGGCACAUGCGCACAUGGAAGAGGUCCUUCCCCGAUGAUAAGACGUUAAAUCUAGUACUGAAGGAGAUUCAACACGAGAUAUUGAAACACAUUAAGAGGACAAACUGCUGCAAGAUUACCACUAUCGAGAGCAGGGAGGCAAUUAUUGACCCUGGAGUAGGCAGCUUUUUUGAGGGUCUCCGAUCCAAGCUCAGUACGGAGACUGAUAACGACGAUAUGGGGUCCGACGAGGCAGACGACCCGCCGUUUGACGAUGACAAUGGGGAGGAGAGCAAUGUCACUCCACCUACAGUCGGGGACUACAUAGUCGAUGCAGGAAGCCAGAUAGAUAGGACUAUUGGAACAAUUACCGGGAUUAAUGUAAAUAUUGAAAAUGACGUAGAGAGAGAUGUCAGUAUGAUGCAGGGCGGAGAAGAGCGCUCGGGAGAAUUAGUCAGAAGACGGAGAAGGAGACCGCGCAGGAGCAAAGUACAAAGGGUCAAAUAG